AUGGAGCAGUACGCAAGUAGCAAUGGCUCCCCAGAGCAGAUUGUGGUGCAGGCUGGGCAAAUCCAACAGCAACAGCCUGGUGCUGUCACUGCUGUCCAGUUACAGACUGAGGCUCAAGUGGGAGCAGCCUCUGGGCAGCAAGUUCAGACCCUCCAGGUAGUACAAGGCCAGCCCACUCAUGGUUCAAGUCAGUGGAGGACAGCUAAUUACAUCCACAGGGCAGCCUAUUAUGGUACAAGCUAUGAGUGGACAAGGUCAAACUCUUAUGCAAGUUCCUGUGUCUGGAUCCCAAGGCCUUCAACAGAUUCAGCUGGUGCAGCCAGGGCAGAUCCAGAUCCAAGGGGGCCAAGCGGUGCAAGUUCAAACACAGCAGGGGCAAGCUCAACAAAUAAUUAUUCAGCAACCACAGACAGCAGUCACCGCAGGCCAGAGUCAGAGUCAGCCACAGAUUGCUGUUCAGGGUCAGCAGGUGGCACAAACAGCUGAAGGACAGACUAUCGUUUACCAACCAGUAAAUGCAGAUGGCACAAUACUACAGCAAGUUACAGUGCCUGUUACUGGAAUGAUCACCAUACCUGCUGCCAGCCUGGCAGGGGCUCAGAUUGUUCAAGCUGGAGCCAACACCAAUACAACCAAUAGCAAUCAAGGGACAGUUACUGUCACCCUGCCUGUGACAGGAAAUGUUAUGAACUCGGGAGGUAUGGUAAUGAUGGUACCUGGUGCAGGCUCUGUUCCAGCGCUGCAAAGAAUACCACUUCCUGGAGCUGAAAUGCUGGAGGAGGAACCUUUGUAUGUAAAUGCCAAACAAUAUCACCGAAUAUUAAAGAGAAGGCAGGCAAGAGCUAAAUUGGAGGCAGAGGGUAAAAUCCCCAAAGAGAGGAGGAAAUACUUGCAUGAGUCACGACAUCGCCAUGCUAUGGCUAGAAAGAGAGGAGAUGGUGGACGUUUUUUCUCCCCUAAAGAAAAAGAAGGACACCACUUACAAGAAGUGGAAUUUCAUUAA